AUGUAUGCACUGGUGGAUGAGUUCCUACUGGCGUGCAUUGAGUCAGGGGAAAUACCCAUUGAUUAUGUUAAGAGUCCUGAAUUUUUUCACUUAUUAGAAGAAUCAAAAGUCACUAAGGAUCCUUGCUAUGAAGAACUAUGCUACAGCAGAAAUAAGGAAUUGCAAAUCAGCCGAAAUAGAUCAGAGGCCAGGUAUUUUGAUGAAAACCCAGGCCUUUUUACGGAAGAUAGUUUAGGACAUCCUAAAUUGAACACCAAAAUAGAUAUUGAUUUGAGUCGUGGUUACAAGAAAUUUCGAGUGCUUAGUCGGACUUCACUGACUCUUGAUAAUGUACGUGGUACAAAAUAUGUUGCAAUGGAAGAUUUUGAAAAAACAGAGAAUAAGAAAUUAGACGAGAAUGUUAUAACAUCAAGACAUACUUUGUUGGAGUUAUUAAAUCUUCCAUUUCAAAGGAAUGCCAUAAUCCAAAAUAUUGUAGCUUUCAAUGGUCAAGUAUUUAUGGAAGCGGAACAGAGACCUCAGAAAAGAGCCGAUGCUAGUAGUAUGACUGGUUAUAAUUUUGAGGAGGUGAUGACCUGUUCUGAAUGUGAUAUAAAUAGCUCUAAGCCUUUUGAAUUCAUUCCUCCAAUCAAUAAUGCAGUAAAAUUUAACUCAAUGAUAAACCAUACAUUCCCAGAGUCCGGACUAUCUGUUCUAGUGUCGUGUGAAAUUGAUUGUAUUAGACAAAAACUGGAAGAAGUUUCAUUGCUUCACGAUGAUUCUGACUUCAAAUACAAAAUUCUUGAGAAUAAUAUUGAAAUGAAGUCUCGUAAGAUUGGUGGUCGCAGUAAUCUUAUAAAGGCUAUUCUCCAGUGUUAUUUAGCUGGUACCAAUGACUUAAUUGUUGGGUAUAGAGAUGGUAACUUCAAUCUUAAAUACGUUGAAAAACUAAACGUAUCGGAAUUGCUUGAAUCUUCGCCUAAUCCACUCUUGAAACGUACAUUUUUGGAUAAAUGGUUCUGGUUUAUUGCACAAUUUAUAUCACACACCGUCAAAAUGCCACGAAGCUUAUCUCUACAUCAUCACCAGCUUACUUUCAAUAAGGACAACAAUACACUUACACUAAAAUCAUUCAGGUUGAAUCCUUAUCGAUUAGAGAAAACAAUUAUUAGCAGGUUUGUCAAAUGGCGGAGAUACUUGGCAACAAUGCAAAAACAUCAAUUAUUAGUAGAUAAUAAUGGCAUGGCAAAUAAUAAGCCGCCAAAUAAAAAAGAGACAAGACGGAACAAGAAAAAAAACAAAAUAUUUGGAGACUCAAAGAUCAGUUCAAAAAUUGCUGAACAAAGCGACAGCAUUUCUCAUGCUACGGAAGAUAAUGGAACUGAUCAGGUUGUAAACGCCCUUGAGAGUAUUUCUUUAUCGUGA